AUGAUACCACAAGCUGUCAGGUUCAACAUCUGCCUGGAGUCCACCCAGCGGGACGCUCGGCUGUGGGGGCAGCGAAUGGGAUUUGUCCCUGUGGGAUUACUGGCCCAGUCCAGAGACAGCAGCUGUAAUUACUCCUCACGUGGCGAGCUGACUGGGCAGAAAUAUGAAGGGGUCCGAGUGUGCAGAGGUGCACAGGAGGAUCAUGGAUUCAACCACCAGGCAUGUGAGCAGCUGCUUAACCAGAGGCCCCUCCUACAAUCACCCCCACUCUUCCAUGUCAACUCCUCCCACUUCAUCCUCACUCCCAUCACCCCCUCCUCCCCUCAUCAGCACCAGCCGCCCUCCUCCUGCUCUGUUUACUUCUCACACCACUUGAUGCUUCAGCAGAUCACCAUCUACUGCCUCUCAUUUAGGCCACUCAGAUUCUUUUGUCCGUCUACACUGAGCAUCAUGCGGGUGUUACUGGACAGCAGCUGGAUGCGGUUCGGACCUGCAGGCAGAGAGUCCUACGACUGGGUGACCGGAUCACCUUCAACACAGGAGACACAGGUUGGUCCCACUGAGAUGAGGGAUCUCUUUAACAAGGGAGACCUGGUCAAGACAGCAGCGAUAAAGGAUAAAAAGUGGAAUGAGUUGGACUUGGACGAUGACAGAAAGUCUGAGCUGGUGGUCUACAUGGUCUUCAUCAUCCUCUCCAUCCUCAUCCUGGCUCUCCUGGUGGGUCUGGCCGUCCGCCGCUGGUCCCGGACUAAGCUGAGCCUGGCCAACAUCAUCGCUCUGGACUUCCAGGAUGCUGAGAGUAGUGCCGAGAUCCUCUCAUCCCUGACCAGGAACGUAGAACGCCACACCAGCACCAGUUCAGAUGGAUCGGACGGGGUCUUUGUGAUGGUCUACCUGCCCCCGCCCUAUGAGGAAACACUCACCAAGAUCACCAGAGCCGCCAGCCUGUCCAGCUCCAAAGAUGUGGAGUCGAUGAAGAUUGAGGAUCUAGAGGCCAAGCUGUGUCCAGAGCUGAAAUCCAGUGGCCAAUAUGUGUGAUGAGACAUCAGAGCUGCUGUGAACUGACAUUAGAACUCCAAUAUUUGGUGUUUCUGUCCUUCUGUACAUUUUACUCAAUUAAUAAUAACCCACUCUGCAUUUGUACAUUCAUAUUUAUCAUCUUUAUGGCUCAUUUUCAACCACAAUUUGCUUGUAGGAGUUAUUAAAAUAGAAAAAAGGCCACUGUGCUCUAUCUGUGCAGCUGGUGAAUGAAGUAGAACAUCUAGCAGAUAAAUCACCCUCAUUAUAUUCACAUACCACAAUGUCACUCUUACAAUAAUAACACAAUGGAUUAGUAAAUAGUUUUGUUUAUUUGAAAAUGGGUGAAAUCAUAAUCUCUUUGGUGAAAGUAAUUACAUAAAACAAAGCAACCAAAAAAAAAAAAAAAAAAGAAAGAAAGUAGAAUGUUUUUACU